ACAGCAUUCCUUCAGAAACAACUGAGCGCACGAGAGGCAAACACACUACUCUCGAAUCAACCCUCACAAACCAGCACAAUGCAGAUGUCCGAGCCCCUCAGCCAGAAGAACGCUCUGUUCACGGCAAUGAACCGCUUCAUCGGCGCCGUCAACAACAUGGAUCAGACGGUCAUGGUGCCCAGUCUGCUGAGAGACGUGCCGCUGGACAUAGAGAAAGAGCAGCAGAAACUAACCAACGACCCGGGCAGCUAUCUGCGGGAUGCUGAGGCCGACAUGUACAGCUAUUACAGCCAGCUCAAGUCCAUCCGGAACAACAUCGAGUGGGGCGUCAUGCGCGCAGAGGAGCAGAGGCGCAAGAAAGACACGGGAGCGCCGGAACCAGCGCGCACGGAACCCGAGAGCGACACGGACCUGGAGCAGCUCCUGCAGUACCAUCUGAGGGGCCUGCAUGGGGUGCUGUCCAAACUCACCAGCCAAGCCAACAACCUGACCAACCGCUACAAGCAGGAGAUCGGCAUCGCUGGCUGGGGACAGUGAGCUGCAUCGUGGUCUAUUGGAAGAUGAAGAUGAACUAUUCUGAUCUAAUAGGAUCUAUUUUGCCUUUGUGGAAGAGCCUACCGAAGGGACUGAGCGAACUGAAGUUAAACUGUCAAAAGUUAAAAUGCAAGACAAACCGAGAGGGGAAAGUGGGUUUGUUGUAGACUAGUAUUGGUUUUGGUGUUGAUCACUGAUGGGCUGCUUCUUGUCUUGUGGCAUUUUAUUUGCACUGACAGUUUUCCCUUUAAAAAACAAAAACAAAAUCCGUUCAAAUGGCUGGUUGCCAUGCCUUAUCUUGUAUUUAAAUCUAUUUAUGUGCUAUGUAUAAUUGAAAGCUUUUAUUUUUCCAUUCUUUUUCAUUUUGUGAGAGGAAGGUUGUUGUCCUGUGACGUUGCCGUAUGCUCCGGAGGACUGAUAACUUGAAGAACUGAUAGUCUGUACGAGUGAGAACUCCUAUUGAUGAAACAGAAACCCUGUAGAAAAUCCUUGGGAGUAUUUCCUGCUAAUGACCUGAAACUAUUUGUGAAUUAUACUUUGAGUCAAUGACGUGCAUGGCUCUGAAAACCACUCCGUGUGUCAUGAAGAGCAACAUGAGAUUCUGUGUUAAAUUGUGCCUGAAGUCCAGCAUUAUUGUUAAAAACAUUUGCUGCAUUUUGUACUGAAUUGUUUUUUACUACAAAAUAAACUUUUUUUUAAUUUGAAAACA